AUGAGGAAUCUGCUGCUCACCCUGCUGCUGGCUUGCGGGCUGCUGCCAGCCUGUGGCAGCGUUCUGGAGCUGGAGCGCAUGAUCAAGGCAGUCACGGGGAAGAGCGCCCUGCUCUCCUACAGCUGGUACGGCUGCUUCUGCGGCAUUGGGGGCAGAGGCACCCCGGUGGACGCCACUGACAGCUGCUGCCGUGCCCACGACUGCUGCUACAGGCGGCUGCGAGAGAGCAAGUGCAGCCCCCUGAUAACCCCCUACCAGUUUGAUGUCACCGAUGGGGACAUUGCCUGCGGUAACGAGCAGAGCUGGUGCAAGAGAGAGACCUGCCUGUGCGACAAGGCGGUGGCGUCGUGCUUCGCUGGCACUCUGCCAUCCUACAAUCCGUCCUACCGCUUCUACUUCAAGCUGAGAUGCCGAGGGAGCAAACUCCAGUGCUGA